AUGGUGAACGUUGAUGCUGAGGAAUGGAUCGUUAUGGGGGAGGAGAUGGCGGCUCACUUGGAGUCGCCACUGGCGAUCACGCUGGGUAGAUGCACAAAAGCGCAAGUGAAAUUAUACUUGAAGCCUGAUGCCCGUCCAUGCUACUGCCCGAAGCGACCAGUGGCGUAUGCGGCUCUUCCCAAAGUAGAUGCGGAACUCGAAAGGCUCGCAACAAACGGUAUAAUUUCUCCAGUUCAAUUCUCGGACUGGGCAGCACCAAUAGUCGUCGUACGGAAAUCGGACAAUGUUUCGGUCCGUGUAUGCGGUGAUUAUUCUACGGGGCUGAACAACGCGCUGGAAUGUGACCGUCAUCCUCUACCUCAUCCUGACGAUCUUUUCGCGGAGCUGGCUGGGGCUCGCUAUUUCACACAUCUUGACUUAUCAGACGCCUAUCUACAAGUUGAGGUCGAGGUGGAAUCGCGCAAGCUGCUUACCGUGAAUACACAUCGCGGCCUUUUCCAGUACAACCGACUUCCUCCCGGAGUCAAGUCGGCACCUGGCGCUUUCCAACGCAUUAUCGACAGCAUGGUGGCUGGCAUUUCUGGAGUGAAACCCUACCUUGAUGAUAUCUUCAUUGCUGGUCGCACCAAAGAGGAGCACGAUCGUAUCCUCUAUGCUGUUCUCGAACGCGUCCGUGAGUAUGGUUUCCAUUUACGUCUUGAAAAAUGUCGUUUCGCGCUUCCCCAGAUCGGUUUCCUUGGAUUGAUCGUGGACAAGGACGGUGUUCGGCCUGACCCGUCCAAAACAGAAGCCAUUGCCAAGAUGCCACCCCCGAAGGACGUGAAGCAACUUCGCUCCUACCUCGGAGCUAUCAACUAUUAUGGUCGAUUCGUUCCGCAGAUGAAGCACCUCAGGGCUCCCCUGGAUGACCUGCUGAAAAAGGAUGGAGGA